GGCGGCCGUACGACCCGACGCUGUACAGCCACCUGCCGUCCCACAAGAUUCCAUUGCCUCCGAGUGACGACGACGUCGACGACCCCAGAUCCUCAACAUUUCCUCUGGCAGCGGUUCGACGCAGGAUUGGAUGGGGAGCCAGGUGUACAGACACGAAUCGACGCCAACGUACACGGAUUUGCUGGAGGGUCGGACCCCCGCUGGUUACGACGCUGGCCUCGUCGAUAUGAGCUUCGGUCUGAGGUCUGGGAGUGGCAAGGGCAUGAUGCACACUGUUGUCAUGAACCCGGCUUCUGCCACCAAACACACAUCGCCUUCCGUGAGGGCGGCUGGCCCUGCGGAUAGUCGUGGAUUCGUUUCGCCGAGACGGGUGGCUUUGAGUACAGCAAGUGUGGCCGCGUCGAGGACGAAGACAGGUGGAUUGGCUGGCUGCCGAACGACGACACCAGGCGGUACAAUCGACAGAGAAGGGAACGACGACGAGCGCGCCGCUACAGAGGUCGUCGGUCGUCAGUUUUGGGAUGAUGAACGACAACGAUUGUGUUCCGCGCACACGUCCAGCAUAACGAGAGGGGUGGCGAGAAUGAGUGUGGGGGUCGACGACGUGUUCGUGGACUGCGAUGCUGGAGGGGGGGAGGAGAUCGCUGCAGACGAAGGCCGUGAUGACAACGACGAAGAUGACGACGGUGAGAUGGAGAUUCGUCCAGUAGGGAGGAAGCGCGGAGGGUCAACGGCGACAACCAAGGUUAGAGAGUCGCGCACGGGGCGGAAAGGCAAGAAGUGCGCCGAAGAAUUGUCGGCGGGCGACGGAACAAAAAGCAGGGAUUUUUGGACAGUGGAGCAUAUGAUCGCUCUUAUCAGAGCCAAAAGAGACCAGGAUUCGCAUCUGGCCGGCCUGGGGCACAACUACGGACAGAUGAAGACGAAGACAUGGAAGUGGGAGGAUGUGGAGAAGAGGCUUGUGCAGAUGGGGGUGACGAGCAGGAAGGCCAUCGACUGCGGUAAGAAAUGGGACAACCUGUACCAGCAGUUCAAAUCCGUGCACACGUUCAUGGGAGAAUCCGCGAAGCCUAACUUCUUCACACUAACGCCGGGGGAGAGGAGGGAGCGGGGGUUCGACUUUAGGAUGGAUGAGCGCGUGUAUUCGGAGAUGAAGGCGAUGUCCGGGAGCGAUCACACUAUACACCCCACGAAUCUCGCAGACACGCGUGCGCCGGGAGGUGUUCAAAUGCAUGGCCCGGCGGGCGGGCGAAACGAAUCCGGCGGUAGUGACGUAGGGGGGGGUGGUCCGGAUGACGAUCGCGGAUCGACGAGGGAUUCGUCGUUCUCCGGCAGUGGCGGUGGCGGUGGCGGGAAGGGGAAGAGAAACGGCGGAUCGGGCGACGGUGGGGAAAGCCAAAAAGGCAGAGGGCACGUGCCGAAGUCGAAAAGGCCGCGCUUCGAUGACGAAAGCUCCGAACAUACUGGGGAUAUGCAGGGCGAGGAAGUGUCGAUGGUGGAUAUACAAGGGGUGGACGUCAUGAAUCGAUUGGGGUUUGGGCGGGACGGGGUGUCGAGGGAGCAGCUGGCUGCUUUGAAGCAAAGCUUGGUCGGUGGUGUCGCCGUCACGUUGGCACGAACCCCUAAGGCGGCAGGGAUUGUCAUGACGGACGCGCGCGUGGCGAGACAAGUUCCGCCAAAGGUCGGGCAGGUUGACACGACGGCGGGCGGUGGUCGGACGGCGGCGGCGGAUAACACCACCGGGAGCGGAGUCGCGGAAGCUGCGGAAGAGGGGAGGGUCGAUGACGUCUGCCGCGAUGAUGGGAGGAAGGAUGGCAAGGGGGGGGGCGAUGAUGACGACGACCGCCCAGUUUCGGCGAUGGUGAAGAAAGUGAUUAAACAGGAUGACCUCGAAGACAGGUCGAAGUUGUGGAUCGCCUGUGACGCAUUCUGGGGUCAGGGACCGGGGAAGCCGUUAAGGGAGGCGGUAGGCGAUUGCACGGACUACUUAGUGGCCAUCGCCAAUGGAGAUGCAGGAGCAGAACCGCCUUCGAUGCUAGUGAUGCCGCCGAAUGAUGUGUCGCGCUUCAAGAUCGAGGACCCUGCGCAGUGUGAACCGGCUCUGCGCAGAGCGAGCAACGUGGAGAAAGUGGUGCUGCGUGCCAUCCACAGCCGGAUCUUCAAAUCGUCGUCGAGGUCGUCUGGCUUCGCUCGUGGAGAAUCUUACGUGACAGUGGACUUCGCAACAGACGUCGCGCGAGUCUGGCAGGCUUUAGAAUGGUCGAAAGUCGUUUCCCUUGCGCUCGUCUACCACACGUUGGCGAUGAAGAUGGACGUGCCUCUGUGGUUCGCUGGAGUUAAGAUUGUGGAUAGGCCCGAAGACGAAGACACGGCGGCGCGGCAGGAGGCGACAGUUCUUCGCCUGGCAGACUGCUGGACAGAUGCAGUUUGGUGCGGGCAAUGGGCGGACGGUGGCCGCGUGAAACAGGAUAGGUUGACGCGCCUUGCGGAUUGUCUCCGAGUUCUGUUGAGCGCGUGCAUGUGGAUCAUGCGGAUGGGCGGUGACGACGACCGUUCGCACUACGAGGCAUCAUUCUACGCGUCCAUGGUCGCCAAACCUACACUUAUAGCGGCGGGCUCCUACAUCUUCAACUGGCGGAGGCACAUCGUUGACAGCACCAACCUCGUCUUGGAUCGUCUGGGGAAGGCCCACCUCACGCUGGGAGAUUACCCGCAUUGCAUCCCGGAAUGGGUCGAUUGCGGGUUGGUUUCCGGCCACAACGCGGCCCUCAAGAAUGCAACGGAAGCAGCAAAACACGGGUGGAUCGGCAGCGGCCCUCCGGUGGGUGACGAUGGCGAUAACGAGAAGUGACACGUGGUUCAUCUGCAAGGCCGCGGCUGGACGGGGUUGGGUGGGGGGUGCUGGUCGGGCGAUGGGGAACGUGA